AUGCCAUUUGCACGUCAACUGGCUUCCCGCCGAGUUUUGAAGUCCCACAGUCCAGGGCUACAGGAUUUCAUUCUUCAGAACCAAAUUAUCAGAACUUAUAGAGACAUGCUGCGUACAAUUCACAAAAUACCAAAUAAGUCCUUACAAAUGGAACUAAGAACCUACCUAAAGGAGGAAUUCAGAUCCAGUAGCCAAGUGACGGAUUACGAUACUCGGAAGUCUUUGCUUACGGGAGCAAUCAGACAAUUCAAAAGCGUUACCAGCAACUUGGGAUUAUCAUUACCGAAUUUCAAACUCUGA